AUGUCGAAUGAUUAUGCUCUAUUUAUUAUCCUUCUACCCAAUGACUUUGAUAAAGAAAUUUCUAUUAUUCCAACAAUAUCUAGUGUCAUUAAGCUAACAACUUCAAUACCAACGACUGAAUGCAGACCUAGAUCAGCAACUUCCGAUUCCAUUCCCUCUUCUAUAUCAAUGGAUAGUAAUUCAAAAAUUGAAAAAGACAAUGAACAUUCACAAGAAACAUCAAUACAAUCUUUAUGUGUUACUCUUACAAAUUAUCUUGCUGGAAAAAAUCAUAUUGAAGCGACAUGGAUGCUAUCUGAUAAUAAAAAAACUUAUCAAGUUACAUUUCAUGUCGAAUUUGGAGUUGUUAGUGAUCGUAUUUUACAGGAUUUAAUUAACUGUGGUAUUGGUACAAGAAAUCAAUCAAAAAUAUUUGUUUUACCGACAACUUUUAUUCUUGAAGGACCAUCUAAUGAUAAAAAGGAAUCUAUAUCAACAUUAUCUUCAACAGAAACUAUAACUACAAAUGAAUCAUUAUCAACUAAUGUUAAAAAUAAAAUAAAUAGUACAACAUCUAAUGAUUUAAAAUUAUCAAAUAAAAUUCGUAAACGUAUUAAUGAAUCAAAUUUUAAAAAAAGUGUUCGAGCUCGAUUAAUGGUUCAUCAAGUAGUUGCUAGUAUUCGUGCAUCAACAGUGCUUUCAUUUGAUUUUGUUCUUUUAAUAUGUCUUGCUUCAAUGUUGGCUGCAUUAGGUCUACUUGAAAAUUCGACCGUUAUUAUUGUUGCUAGUAUGCUUGUUAGUCCAUUAAUGAAUCCAAUAUUAGGUUUUGUAUUUGGCCUUUCUGUACGUGAACAUUCAUUAUGGAGACGAGGUUUACGAAAUGAAUUAAUUGGUUUGAUUAUUUGUAUUUCUUGCGGAUUUAUUCUUGGAUUAUUAACAACAUUUGCUGAAACAAAAUGGGGAGCUUCGACAAGUUUUCCAACAUCGGAAAUGAAAUCACGUGGUGAUAUUAAACGAUUAUGGGUUGGUGUUCUCAUUGCUUUACCUAGUGGAGCUGGUGUUGCACUUUCAGUACUUGGUGGAAAUACUGGUUCACUGGUUGGUGUUGCUAUUUCAGCUUCUCUUCUUCCACCAGCUGUAAAUUGUGGACUUCUUUUUGCUUAUGCGUUACUUGGUAUUUCAUUUUCAAAUAUUGCUGCUGCUCAUUCUUCUUCAUUAAAUAAUACUAAAAAAGAAUAUUAUUCAAAUCUUAAUUGUAAAACAUAUAUUAAUAAUGAUUAUCAACCACUUUAUACAUGUAAUCUAGUAAGAGAAGCAGCAGCUCUCGCAGGUUGUAGUUUAUUAUUAACAAUAAUUAAUAUAAUUUGUAUUAUAAUAAUGGCAUUAUUUAUAUUACGUAUAAAAGAAGUUGUUCCAUUACAUCAACCAAAUAAAGAUAUAGCAAAUUUUUUUCAUCAUGAUGUUAAAGUUGCACGUGAUUAUAAUAAAAUAAAUUAUGAAGAUAAUUUAGAAACAGAUAAUUUAUCAACAUUAACAAUUCAACAAAGUCAAUUAGCACAAUCAAUUAUGAAUCGUUGGAAAAAAUUUAAAUCAAUAACUUCUCAUAAUAAUCAACAACAUCAAGAAAUUCAACAAUCAUCAUCAAUAGAAAAUGAUCUAGAAUUAAAUAAUACUAAAAAUAAUAAUAAUAAUAAUAAUAAUAAUAAUAAUAAUAAUAUAUUAAAUAUUGAUACAGAAUCAUGUCGAAAAUUAUUUCGAUUACGAACAUUUGCUAAAGAAUAUGAUCUUGAUAUAUUUGAUAAAAAUGAUUAUGAUUUAUUAAAUUCUAAUAGUCGAGAAAAAGUACGUUUACUUAUCAAUGAUCUUAUUGAUAUAUAUCAAGAUAUUCCAACUGUAUUUAUUGAUCUAUUUCGUUUACAACCUUGUAAUGUACAAACAUCAACUGAUAAAGAACAUAUGUCAUUUUAUCAAGAAAUUAUUGAACUUUUGCCACCUAAAUGGUAUCAAUUAUUUGUUCGUGAACAAGAACGACGACGAAUGAUAUCUUGGUUAUCACCAUUAAAUCGAACAAAUUCAUUACGUGUACCACAAUUGACUGCAUUUAGAAAGUCUAUAUCAGAAUUUAAUAAAUCAUCCAAAAAUGAACGUCAAAAAAUGCGAGUACAAUUUCAACGACGAACUUCAUUACCUGAAACAAGUUUUCGUUUAUCAGAAAUUAAUGAAUCAAGAUACUGA